CUCUCUCCGGGAAGUAAAGUGAAGUUGCUCGGCGAAAACAAGAAUCAGAAGAGGGUUAAUCCUCAUCAUGCCUGCUGCGGUGAUCAUGGAAGAAAACUUUGACAAAUUAUUAGAGCAGUGUGAAGCUCAAGAGCUCGAGGCACCAGGAGGCAUUACGACCCCUCAAGUUUAUGCUCAACUUCUGGCACUCUAUUUACUACAUAAUGACAUGAAUAAUGCCAGGUAUCUUUGGAAACGGAUUCCCCAGGCAAUAAAAGCGGCAAAUCCUGAAUUAGCAGCAAUCUGGACAGUUGGCCAGCACAUUUGGCAACGAGAUUUCCCCGGGAUCUACACAUCUAUUGCGGCUUAUCAGUGGUCAGAAAACAUUCUCCCAGUAAUGGAGGCCCUUCAAGAGAGCACGCGACAAAGGGCCCACGGCCUCGUGGCGCAGGCGUACACUUCCAUCACCGUUGAAGAUUUCGCCGCCUUUGUGGGCUACUCGGUGGAAGAGGCCGUCAAAGGUGUGGUGAGCCAGGGCUGGCAGGCGGACCCCGCCACCAGGAUGGUGAUGCCUAAAAAGCCAGAUCCUCCCCCUGUUUCGUCGGUUCCCAACGAGCAGCAGUUGGCCAGACUCACCGACUACGUGGCUUUCCUGGAGAACUGAUAAACCGCAACAAACCCUCUCAACCGUUUCUUCUUAGACUUCUGUCGACUCACCACCGUGCGUGCAUCUUUUUAUGAUAAAAACCCCAAAACGCUG